AUGUCUCAACCGUCUACUUCUACCGGAGCCGUUAAGCGACCCUGUUCCAAUUUGAAAUUAGUCUACAAUCGCCCCAAACCGGAUGUCCUAAACAGCAUUUUAAAAUCUCGCGCUAAUCCRCGCUACCGAUCACGACGCCUUUGGUACGAGCUGAAUAUGCCCGAGUGUACGUCUGCAAUAUUCGAUGGYCGAAUGAUUUCCACGUCUCUGCCGGAUAGUCUAUUGUGCCACACACGGGAAAUGCGCUCGAAGAAUAAGCAGAAAGUGAGGAAGAAAGAACGAGUUCGCACUUACAUGGAGAUGCGCUUGGAACGUGAGAACUUUCGCAAGAAAUUAGURGAACUAAUUGCCUGCGAAGAUGAAGACGUCGAUAUGCCGCCAAGCGAAGGUGAUGACAAAUUUCCGAAUAAAGAAGAAAAGCAAAUGUUGCGUUACUACUAUUACAUCAAGCAUGGCAUUGACACAAUCCACGUGGCCCCGAUGGGCAAACGUUUGCUGAACAGAAUUACAAUACUCAUAAGGCCGGAGUUAAAUAAAUGGCGCACCGAACUCAAUGAAACGAUUAGUGAAAUUAAAGCAGACUACACUUUCGCCAUGAAGAAAGCUGUUAUUGAUUUUGUUUUGAAUAAUUCAUUACCCAGCCUACGUAAAGGCCAUGAGCUAGCUUUGACCCCAGAAAGGAAGGAAAUAAAAAUAAUGAUGAAUCGCUGGCGUUAUCGAUAUGACGAUAAUCGUUGUCGCAUUAAGAAGACACUGUUUUGCAUUCAUCGUAGUGUUGCCAGCAUUCUUGAUUUAUGGAGCACCAAAUAUAAAGAUAUGCUUUUUGUAGACAUUAAAGAGUUGGCACAGGCGAAGACACCUUAUGAACUGUACGAUUUCACGUAUUUAUGUGGACGUCAAAUCGACACCGCCAAGGGCUUGCUCGAGAACGAAUGGUAUGGUGAGAUACAUCAGAUUUUAUURCGUGCCAGUAGACGUGGGCUUCUACCAAAUGUGAGGCGUAUGAAAUUGUUGCAACGCUUUUACAACUGUGUGGCAGCAUUGAUGACGCAACAACUGGAAGAUAUCUGCAUACGUAGUUUGACGUCCUACGCCGAUUUUAUUUGCGAUUAUGGAAAAAGUAAUCCUGGGCUUAAAGUUAGCCUUGUUCUUGAAGAGGAAGAUACUAUUGCCUUCAAUCCGAACUUCUCCAAAGUGCAGCACGAGCUUUUGCGCAUUAUCGAGUCCAUUGUAAUGUCUGUGGACCAGAUGCCUCGAAUUGAAAAUAAACUCUACACAGAGCUGAAAAUUUCGGAUCAAUACCACUUGAAACCGACAAUACCAGAAUCGAUUAUAGCUAAUGCUCGUAAUCGCAUAUGUGUCAUGUUGGAAGAUCAACGAAUCGGUCCUGAAUUGCGUCUGCAAGAUUUCGAUCAAUAUAUAGACUUGAUGAACGGGGUUGAUGCAGAGCGCAUAUCAAAGUUCAUCGCAUCUGAACCCACAUUUGAGCAGUAUUGUGAAAUGGUAUUGCAGUAUCGUCGUAAAGAGGAACAGAUAAUUCAAGAUAUUUGGGGUGAAUUGCGUAUGGGGCUCUACGAGUUCCAUCGUGAGAAUUUCAUAACUAAUCUAGAACAGUUAGCACGCUACAUGCAGCAGGAAUUGUUGGAGAAAAUGGUUGCCGAUCAGCAGUCACAAAUUUCUAAAUUGGGUAAGGAGUAUGAGAGUAUAGCCAAGAAGGCGAUGACGGUGCCACAAACAACGGCCGAGUUAAUGGCGCUCAAAGAAUUUGUGAUCAAUGCGGAGGAAACUGUAAUACCGGAAAUGGAACAACGCUUGAAAGUGAAUAUGAACCAUAUUUUAUGGCUGAUGGAUAAUAUAAUCUACUCACCAUUGGAUAUAAAAAAUAACAGCAACACAUUCCAAUGGUAUUUGAAAAUGCCGUCCGUUUUCGAAGAGCACCGCUUGAUCAUUGCUGAUAAAACAAUUGAGUAUCAGGAACGACUUAAAAAGCGCAUUGAAGCGUUCCGCCGUGAGCUACAGACCUAUUAYGAACAGGUGCAAGACUACGAGAAUUGGGGUGAUAUUAAGCAUUUGGCACGUUAUAAGCGUCGAGCAACAGUUUUGGAUAGCCGUCUAGUUGCGGCUAUGGAUACCAUCGAUCGUAUCAAUGAAGAGGAGACAGCUUAUGGUUGGGAUCUCACCCAAUACCCUAUACGUAAGAAAACACACGAUCAGCUGAAGCCAUUCAAAACUUUGUUUGACACUGGACAGGAGUUUAUGGAAAAGCACGAUGCAUGGAUGCAUUCACAAGUUGGCACUUACGAUCCAGAUGAAAUCGAAACUGAUCUGGCAAAUAUAUAUCGUGUGAUUCAGAAGUUGGAAAAGCAGCUGAGCGAUAAACCAGCAACAGCACAAUUGAUUAAAGAUGUUAGAGAACAAAUUGAGGAGCUACGCACACAUAUGCCGAUAAUAAGCACACUCGGCAAUCCCGGCAUGAAAGCACGCCACUGGGAGCAAGUAUCAGAGAUUAUUGGUUUCCCUAUCAAAGUAUCACCAGAAUUGACUUUGGAAAAGAUCAUUGAGUACGGCUUGGAAGAGUAUGUGCCUAAAUUCGAAGCGAUCUCAGAGAGUGCAACCAAAGAGAAUAAUUUGGAGCGUGCAAUGGCGAAAAUGGUAGCAGAGUGGCAAGAUAUGGCAUUCACCAUUUCGCCCUACAGGGAUUCCGGCACAUUCAAACUUUCUGCAGUGGACGAUAUACAGAUCCUAUUGGACGAUCAGAUAAUCAAGACACAGACUAUGAAGAGCUCGCCGUACAUUAAACCAUUUGAGGAGGACAUAUUAAAAUGGGAAGCUAAACUGAUGUUGUUGCAAGACAUUUUGGAUGAGUGGUUGCGUGUGCAAGCGACAUGGAUGUAUUUGGAGCCAAUUUUCUCUAGUCCCGAUAUUCAGCAACAAAUGCCAGAAGAAGGGCGUAGAUUCGCUGCUGUGGAUAAGAUAUGGAAAGAGCUUAUGAAGCAGGUGAAUUCAGAUCCACGAGUAAUGGUUGUGGUUGAGAUCGAUAAGAUGAAUGAGAAACUGAAGAAAGCUUACGCACUUCUGGAGAUAAUACAGAAAGGACUCAAUGCCUACUUGGAGAAGAAACGCCUUUACUUCCCACGCUUCUUCUUCCUAUCAAACGAUGAACUGCUUGAGAUACUAUCCGAAACUAAAGAUCCCACACGCGUACAACCUCAUUUGAAGAAAUGUUUCGAAGGUAUUGCCACAYUGAGCUUUACCGAAGAGCUGGAAGUAACUGCAAUGCGUUCAUCGGAACGUGAGGAGGUAACCCUAGUCGAUAUCAUUUCCACUGCGAAGGCACGCGGUCAGGUGGAGAAAUGGCUGUUGGAGCUGGAGAUUGAUAUGAAGAAAAGCGUACACCUGAAGAUAAGUGAGUCAUUCUAUAGCUACCGGCAGAUGGUACGCGAAACUUGGGUACUCUCUUGGCCUGGUCAGUGUGUGCAAUCGAUUUCGCUUACUUACUGGACACUCGAGAUCACUGAGUGCUUYUUUUCGGAGGCGCCCGUACUCAAUUUGCGCAAGUAUUUGACACUUUGCAAAUCGCAGAUUGCUAAAAUUGUUGAUCUUGUGCGAGGUCAUUUGAAUGCGCAGAAUAGGAUUACGCUGGGAGCUUUGGUGGUAUUAGAUGUCCACGCACGCGACGUGCUGGCCGAAAUUGUAGAAAACGAAGUUUCAGACGCUAAUGAUUUCCAAUGGCUAUCUCAACUCCGUUACUACUGGGAAGACAAUAACUUGGACACACGCAUGAUUAACAGUUCUCUSAAAUAUGGCUACGAGUACUUGGGGAAUACGACACGACUCGUAGUUACACCUCUCACAGAUCGCUGUUAUCGUACGCUCUUUAGUGCACUAAAUUUGCAUUUGGGUGGAGCACCCGAAGGACCUGCUGGUACUGGCAAAACCGAGACCACCAAAGAUUUGGCUAAAGCCGUGGCCAAACAGUGUGUAGUUUUCAAUUGUUCUGAUGGRUUAGAUUAUCUUGCGCUGGGCAAGUUCUUCAAAGGUUUGGCUUCGUGUGGCGCAUGGUCGUGCUUUGAUGAAUUCAAUCGUAUUGAUCUGGAAGUGCUAUCUGUUGUGGCCCAACAGAUACUCACCAUACAACGUGGCAUCAAUUCGGGUAGCCCUACUUUGGUGUUUGAGGGCACCACACUGACAUUGGACCCCACAUGUGCGGUCUUUAUUACUAUGAAUCCCGGCUAUGCAGGACGUUCAGAGUUGCCGGAUAAUUUGAAGGCACUAUUCCGAUCUGUUGCCAUGAUGGUGCCGGAUUAUGCUCUUAUUUCUGAGAUAGAAUUGUAUUCAUAUGGCUUCCUCACCGCCAAACCGCUGAGUGUUAAAAUAGUGGCCACUUAUCGCUUAUGUUCAGAGCAAUUGAGUACACAAUGUCAUUACGAUUACGGCAUGCGUGCUGUUAAAUCCGUACUGAAAGCAGCGGGAGCUCUCAAGCUACGUUAUCGUGAUGAAAAUGAAGACAUACUAGUGUUGCGCUCUAUUAAGGAUGUUAAUUUACCAAAGUUUCUCAAUCAAGAUGUGCCGCUGUUUCAAGGUAUCACCUCCGAUCUGUUUCCUGGUACAGUGUUGCCUGAAGCUGAUUACGUCGUAUUCAACGAGUGUACGCGAGAAGCUUGCGAAAAGAAUAAUAAACAAUGUACGGACUUCUUUUUGGAAAAAGUUCAACAGCUUUAUGAGAUGAUUUGCGUGCGUCACGGACUGAUGAUCGUAGGCCUGCCUUUCGGUGGCAAGACGACUACAUAUCGUAUAUUGGCAGAGGCUUUAGAGGGCAUGGAGAAAAGGGAUGGCAGCGAGAACCGUGCCAUAUAUUCCGUAAUGAAUCCCAAAGCAAUUACAAUGGGACAACUCUAUGGACAAUUUGAUGCCGUAUCGCACGAGUGGAGUGAUGGCGUAUUGGCGGUCAAUUAUCGCCAGUUCGCUAUUUCUGAUACACCCGAUCGCAAGUGGUUGAUUUUUGAUGGCCCUGUUGAUGCUAUAUGGAUUGAAAACAUGAAUACUGUACUAGAUGACAAUAAGAAGCUUUGUCUCAUGUCUGGUGAAAUUAUACAACUUUCACCGACUACCAACUUAGUAUUCGAGCCAAUGGACUUGGAAGUCGCCUCGCCCGCUACAGUAUCACGUUGCGGCAUGAUCUACAUGGAGCCUAGUUCCUUGGGUUGGGAACCACUCGUCACUUCAUGGAAGAACAGCUUACCACCCUCAUUCCACGUUGUGAGUAAACAAUUAAUCUCUGCGCUUAUAAUGCGAUUUUGUCCACUUUUGCUGUACAUUGUACGCAAGGGUGGUUUACUUGAAAUCGCACCGACAUCUGAUACCAAUCUCAUCGUMUCCAUGAUGAACAUUUUCGAAUGUUUCAUUGAUGACUUCAAAGAUGAAAAGUAUGUUACAAACUUAUCGGAUUUGGAUUUUCGCGCGCAGAUUGAAGGGGUUUUCGUUUUCUCAUGCAUUUGGUCGCUGGGCGGCGCCUUGGAUUCYCGUAGCCGUGAGAAAUUUAAUAUAGUUUUUCGAGCGUUGAUGGAGAAAAAUUUUCCAGAGCAAUUGUAUACAGAUUUCGGYGUACCAGAAGAAUUGUUUGUGCCUGUGUUGACCAAACCAUUUAUAUUUCCAAUACCGAAAUCUGGGUCUGUAUUCGAUUAUCGUUUCAUUAAAGAGGGCAAAGGCAAAUGGAAGGCAUGGCAAGACGAUGUCAACAGCGCACCACCGAUACCACGUGACAUACCCGUCAAUCAAAUACUGAUUACGACAAAUGAAAGUGUGCGUGUUACUGCGGUGUUAGAUCUUUUAGUGCGUCACGGGAAGCCUAUAAUGCUGGUGGGUCCUACCGGCACGGGCAAAAGCUGCUAUGCUUUGGAUUAUAUGCUGAAGCGUAUGGAUGUGAAUACUUACAAGCCAUUACUAAUCAGUUUCUCAGCCCAAACUUCGGCAAAUCAGACACAAGAUAUUAUCAUGUCGAAGUUAGAUAAACGACGAAAGGGUGUCUUUGGACCGCCCUUGAAUAAAAAGUUUCUUAUAUUUGUGGAUGAUGUGUCAAUGCCAUUGAAGGAAACCUAUGGGGCGCAACCGCCUAUAGAGUUGUUACGCAUGAUGUUAGACCAUUGGAUGUGGUAUGAUCGCAAAAAUAUUGUGCCUAUGAAAUUGAUUGAUCUACAGAUGAUAACCGCRAUGGGACCACCUUCAACGGGCAAUACAGUUACACCACGUUUUCAACGACAUUUCAAUGUGAUCGCUAUCGAUGAGUUCAACAAUGAGAUUCUCAACACGAUCUUCAGUAAAAUUGUGCUGUGGCAUUUGGAUACUCGUGGUUUCUCCAAGGAGUUUGAUCCCUGCAUUGAUGAAAUCGUCACAGCUACUUUGAAUAUUUACAAUGAAGCAAAGAAGAAUUUGUUACCGACGCCAGCUAAAUCACACUAUCUCUUUAAUUUGCGCGAUUUCUCGCGUGUUGUACAAGGUGUACUGCUCUCUGUGCCUGAAGCCACGGAAGAUUUGGAUUCCAUGCGUCGUCUGUGGGUACAUGAAGUGAUGCGUGUUUAUGGCGACCGUUUAGUGGAGGAUAGUGAUCGUCAUUGGCUGUUCGGUGCUAUUUGUGAAAAAAUCAACAGACAUAUGAAUAGUACACCAGAGAUGCUAUUCGAGCGGCUUAUACCAAAGGACAAAAGAUUGACCGAGUCAGAUCUACGACGUUUAAUCUAUUGUGAUUUCGCCAAUCCAAAGGCGGAUAAUAAAAAUUAUAUUGAGGUUUUAGAUCUUGAAAAUUUGCGCAAUGUAGUGGAAGCGUACUUGGUUGAAUAUAAUAAUAUGUCGAAAAAACCGAUGAACCUAGUACUCUUCCGCUUCGCGAUUGAACACUUAUCGAGAAUAUGUCGCAUAAUAAAGCAGCCACGUAGUCAUGCUCUACUSAUCGGAGUCGGCGGCUCCGGACGUCAGAGCUUAACUCGUUUGGCUUCGCAUAUAUGCGACUAUGAACUCUUUCAAGUCGAAAUUACGCGCUUAUAUGGACCSAAUGAAUGGCAUGAGGAUAUUAAAAAUAUCUUGCGGAGAGUUGGCGCAUCGGAGAUGCAUGCUGUAUUCUUGUUCACUGAUGUACAGAUAAAAGACGAAUCCUUUUUGGAGGACGUAAAUAAUUUGCUGAAUUCUGGUGAAGUGCCAAAUUUGUUCACCAAUGAGGAAAAAAUUGAAGUGGUCGAAAAAAUGGCUCAGAUCGACAAGCAACGGGACAAAUCUAUGCAAACCGACGGAAGUCCAGUGGCACUAUUCAACUUCUUCGUUACGACCUGUCGCGAUCAGCUGCACAUAGUGCUCGCAAUGUCUCCCAUUGGCGAUGCUUUGCGCAUGCGCAUACGCAAAUUUCCUUCUAUUGUCAAUUGUUGCACAAUCGAUUGGUUCCAACCUUGGCCAGAAGAUGCUUUACUGGCUGUGUCGACGCGGUUUUUGGCUAGUGAAGAUCUCUCCGAUUUGGAACGCAAGACGGCUAUUGAUAUGUGUAUGGAAUUCCACACUUCAACGCAGAAUUUGUCMGAAGUAUUUGCACUGCGUUUAAAACGUUACAACUAUGUAACGCCUACAUCCUAUCUAGAGUUAAUACAAACCUUUAAGGCRUUGUUGAAUCAGAAGAGAACGACCAUUUUGACUAAUAAAAAUCGAUAUUUAACUGGGAUAUCUCAGCUCGACAUCGCAGCUCAGCAAGUCGGUGUGAUGCAAGAAGAGUUGCAAGCCUUGGAACCMAAACUGAAGGAAGCCUCAGAGAUAGUGGCUGUGCAAGUGGCAAAAGUAACCGCCGAUAGCAAGAUUGCCGCUGAACAGCGUGAAUUAGUGAAGGAGGAUGAAAAAGUGGCCACUGAGCAAGCCGGCAAAGCACAAGCGAUCAAAGACGAAUGCGACGCUAAAUUGAGUGAAGCACUGCCGAUAUUGAAUGCAGCCUUAGCAGCUCUAAAUACCUUAACCACAGCCGACAUUGCUGUGGUGAAGACCAUGAAGAGUCCGCCGAUUGGUGUGCGCAUUGUCAUGGAGGCUGUCUGUAUAUUGAAAGAAGUGAAACCGGAUAAGGUGCCAAACCCUUCGGGUUUAGGAACGAUAGAAGACUACUGGGGYGCAUCGAAGCGUGUUCUGAGCGACAUUAAAUUCCUCGACAGUUUAAUUAAUUUCGAUAAAGAUAAUAUACCACCGCAAGUGAUGCAAAAAUUGGCGCAGCGUGUGUUGAGUAAUGAAGCUUUCGAUCCGGAUAAAGUCAAAUCGGCAUCAACAGCUUGCGAGGGUCUAUGCCGUUGGGUAAUUGCAUUGACCAAAUACGAUGUGGUAGCGAAAGUGGUGGCRCCGAAAAAAAUCGCUUUGGCAGCAGCCGAAGCGGAAUAUAAUGCCGCCAUGAAGUUACUGAAUGAAAAAUUGGCGCAAUUGGCACGUGUUGAAGCCAAUUUGGCAGCUAUUCAAAAGAAGCUAGACGAAGAGUUGGCGCAAUAUGCCAUUCUUCAAGGCCAACAUGAAGCUUGUACCAAAAAGUUGCAACGUGCGCAAGAAUUGAUAUCUGGUUUGGGUGGCGAACGCACCCGUUGGUUGGACACGGCCAGAAACUUGGGUCGCGUAUACAAUUCCUUAACUGGCGAUGUGCUGAUAGCAUCUGGUGUCGUUGCCUAUYUAGGCCCCUUYACCAUUGACUAUCGCGUGGGACAGAUUCACAAAUGGGUGAAUAAGGUUGCMUCCUAUGGUGUGGUAUGCAGCGCAGAUUUCUCCUUGGCCGUCGUUUUGGGCGAAGCUGUUGAGAUACGUGAAUGGAAUAUUUGUGGAUUGCCCACCGAUGCAUUUUCUGUCGAGAGCGCCAUCAUUUUGAAGAAUUCUCGACGCUGGCCAUUAAUGAUCGAUCCUCAGGGUCAAGCCAACAAAUGGGUGAAAAACUUGGAGAAAGGUAAUCGUCUCUGUGUAAUACGACUAAACCAGCCUGACUACACGCGGGUGCUUGAAAACGCGAUACARUUUGGUCUUCCAGUCCUUUUGGAAAAUGUAGGUGAAGAAUUGGAUCCAUUGCUGGAGGCGAUACUGCUUAAACAACUCUUCAAGCAAGGCGGCACACUGUGCAUAAAAUUGGGCGAUUCCGUGAUUGAAUACAACCAUGCCUUUAAAUUUUAUAUUUCAACAAAGUUGCGUAAUCCACACUACCUACCAGAGGUCGCAGUUAAAGUGACGGUUUUGAAUUUCAUGAUCACCACGCAAGGCUUGCAAGAUCAGCUGUUGGGCAUAACUGUUGCACGCGARCGACCCGAUUUGGAAGCGGAGAAGAAUACGCUUAUCGUGCAAGGAGCUGAGAAUAAGCGUAUGCUGAAGGAAACAGAAGAUAAAAUUCUGGAAGUACUUUCGUCCGCAGAAAACAUAUUGGAGGACGAAACCGCUGUGCAGAUAUUGAGUUCAUCAAAAGCAUUAGCCAACGAUAUUAAUGAAAAGCAAAUUGUCACUGAAGCCACGGAACGGCAGAUCGACAUAGCGCGACUGAGUUAUGUACCUAUUGCAGCACAUUCUACCAUACUCUUCUUUACCAUAGUUGAAUUGGCAAACAUUGAUCCCAUGUAUCAGUACAGUCUCCUGUGGUUUGUCUCUCUCUUUACGGCGUCCAUUGACAAUACUGAUAAAGUGGAUGACAUUGAAGAGCGUUUAAAGGAUUUACGUAUACACUUUACGUAUAGCCUCUAUGUAAAUAUUUGCCGUAGUCUUUUCGAACGGGAUAAGUUGCUGUUUUCAUUGAUUUUGAACAUAAACCUUAUGAAAGCUGAAAACUUGAUUGACAAUGCCGAAUGGAUGUUCCUGCUGACUGGUGGAAUUGGUUUGGAUAAUCCCCAUGCAAACCCCGCCCGCUGGUUAGGCGUUAAUAGUUGGAAUGAAAUUUGCCGUCUCUCGGAAUUACCCAAUUUCAAGGGAUUACGUGAACAUGUCACUAGCAAUUUAAGUGAUUGGAAAUUAUUCUUUGACUCGAAAACGCCACAAGACAAUGCUGCAAUACCACAGCCAUGGGCGACUAAAUUGACAUUAUUCCAGAAGUUACUGUUAUUACGCGUCUUCCGCUCGGAUAAAUUGGUUCCAGCAGUAAUGAAAUUUGUUGGUGAACAAUUGGGCCUUGAAUUCGUCGAUCCACCGCAAUUUGAUCUGAUGGCCUCUUUUUCGGAUUCUCAUUGUUGCAUACCACUUAUUUUCAUCUUAACUCCUGGCUCGGACCCCACAGCGACGCUUUUGAAGUUCGCUGACGAACAAGGAUUUGGUACAAAUCGCUUGUUUUCGCUCUCCCUUGGACAGGGACAGGGGCCUAUUGCGACAAAAAUGAUAGACGACGGCAUUAAACUCGGCAAUUGGGUAGUGCUACAGAAUUGUCACUUGGCCAAGAGUUUUAUGCCAACACUGGAAAAAGUGUGCGAAAAUUUGGUGCCUGAUGCUACACAUCCAGACUUUCGUCUCUGGCUCACUUCAUACCCAGCCGAUCAUUUCCCAGUUGUUGUGCUACAAAACGGCAUUAAAAUGACAAACGAGCCGCCAAAAGGCUUACGUUCGAAUAUAACGCGUUCGCUCUUAAGCGAUCCCAUUAGUGAUCCAGAGUGGUUCGAGUCAUGUAAACAGACACAGACCUUCAAACAAUUGAUAUAUUCGUUGUGCUUCUUCCACGCUGUCAUACAAGAGCGACGCUACUUUGGUCCUAUCGGCUGGAAUAUUCCUUAUGAAUUCAACGAGACCGAUUUGCGUAUAAGCUUAAUGCAGUUGAAAAUGUUUCUGGAUCAAUAUGAGGGUGUGAAUUACGACGCUUUGCGAUAUUUGACCGGCGAAUGCAAUUACGGUGGACGUGUCACCGAUGAUUGGGACAGAAGAACUUUGAAAACCAUAUUGAAUAUCUAUUAUAGUCCUAAAGUAUUGGAUCUAGAAAAUCGUCAUUACUUCGACGAUGAAAAGAUAUAUUGUAUACCAGUUUUUAAGGAGUUAGAACUGUAUUUGAAUUAUACGCGAGAGUUACCUAUACAAACCGCACCCGGUAUAUUCGGGUUCCAUGCAAACGCCGACAUAAUGAAGGACCAACAUGAGACGGAUAUGCUAUUGAGUCAUACGCUGUUGACCCAGGACACAAGUGCCUCGUCAGCUGGCGAUGAAGGUGAAGGCARGAAAGCUUUAACGCCAGAAGAAGUGGUAACGAAUGUUGCCACAGACAUAYUAAAUAAAUUACCAAAAGACUUUGAUCGCGACGCAGCCAUAUCUCGCUAUCCAACAAGCUACCAUCAGAGUAUGAAUACGGUACUUGUGCAGGAGAUGACACGUUUCAAUGUUUUACUCGGCACUAUUCGUACCAGUUUGAUAACAUUGCGCAAAGGAAUAAAGGGUCUCGUUGUGAUGUCUGCUGCCAUGGAGGCUGUUUAUCGUAGCGUACUGAUAAGCAAAAUACCAGCGAUGUGGGCUGGCAAGUCGUAUCCAAGCUUAAAACCACUAGGAAGCUACAUUAAUGAUUUUCUGCAACGUUUGAGCUUUUUGCAGAAAUGGUUCGAUGAUGGUCCACCGUCAACAUUUUGGCUCUCUGGCUUCUUCUUCACCCAGGCUUUUCUCACUGGUGCUCAGCAGAAUUUCGCUCGUAARUAUAUUAUACCAAUCGAUUUGUUGGUAUUCGACUAUGAGGUGCUGCGCUUAGAGGAGGAUGAAACAAAAGGCAUAACACCGCCGGCCGAUGGUGUGUUUGUAUAUGGUGUCUUCCUAGAAGGUGCUUGCUGGGAUCGUGGUGGUAAUUGGCUAGCAGAAUCAAGGCCUCGCGAAUUAUUUGAUCGCAUGCCAUUGAUUUGGAUGAAACCAGUUAAGCGUAGCGAUCUCAAAGAGAGUCACGUCUACCUUUGCCCUCUGUAUAAAACUGCUGAACGUCGCGGCGUACUCUCUACUACUGGRCAUAGCACUAAUUUUGUCGUUGCCAUGCUGCUGGAAUGCAAUCCAAACACCAAUCCAUCACAUUGGAUCGAGCGAGGCACGGCGCUACUCUGUCAGUUGAGCUUCUGAUUCAAGCCCUUCGUUUAUCUAUAUCUACGCAGAUUAUAUUAUAAUAYUCGCUUAUAUAURUAUGUAUAUAAUCUUACAUAACUUCAGAACGAUGUACUCUUAUAUACUUCAAUUAAGAUUGCGUUCAGUCGUAUGAACUUUAUUUUG